AUGGAUGUACUCCCUUACGACGUAGCCAACUCCAUUUUCUCCCAUCUAAGCCAAUCGGAUUGCUUGCAAUGCAUGGAUGCCUCGCCAUGGUGGGUCGCCAUGACGCCUCAAUACGCCACCCGUGUCUGGCGAGAUAUUGAAAUCACCAACCACACCAACCUCCACCAAAAACACAUGCUGCAGUGCCUGGGAUCCCAUGUGAAGAAAGUAUCAUUUCGCGAGUUGUCGAAUCAUCGAUUGAUCCAAGCGAUGCGUAUGCUGAUCAAUCAGCAAUGCACAGGUCUACAGCAACUAGAAUUCAUUGGAUGCAGCAUCAUGGAUGUAUAUACUUUUUUACGUCUUUUGGGACAGCUUGCAUGUUAUUCAACAGUGACAACACUCUUCCUUCAUGAAGCUUACCAAUCCAAUGUCGACGUGAUACAAUUAAUUGAAGCGUGUCCACAUCUUCAACGCCUUUCAUACAUGACGAAUUUCCAUGGCAACAACAACAACAAGUCUUCAUUUGGUAUUCCAAUGGAUCAAGCCGAGAGGGUAUCAUCUUCCAAAGUCACGCAUCUCCAUUUGCAUGGUGGCAUUUUACAACAAGCGGGGGAUGAUAUUUCACGGAUCCUUCAUCAUUGCCCUUCCCUUGAAAGCCUUUGCUUGUGUUGCGAUAUGCGAGGUUGUGAUAGACGACGACAACCAUUUGACCUGGAGACGAUUCAGCAAAUGUGUCCAAAGCUUACAUCAUUGGAAUGCAACAUUGAUUGUGGAGGUGGUGGAUUUCUUUCCAGCUGGCAAGAAUAUGACAAUAGCAAGGAAUCGUCAGUUGGCUUGAGGCGAUUUGUGGCUCUUGAACAAAAAGGAUAUGGAUCAGAUCAAAUGGCACCAACAUUAAUGCAACAUGGACACACGCUACAAGUGCUCUCGUUGAGCCGUGAUGAUCGACUCUGUGGACUGCAAACUGAAUGGAGAAACUUGGAUGCUUGGAUGAAUGGCUCUGCACUACGUGUGCUAUCACUUGACAAUAUCAACAUCAAGGGACAUACUGUGGCAGCACUUUUGAAGCAAACUCGUCAAGUGGAAGAAUUCUUAUGGGUGACACCCAGGGCAGAUCGCAUGACCAAUGAUGUCGCUGAUGCACUUUGUGAGCUCGAUCAAUUACGUUGUCUCCAUAUUGGCUAUUGUCCUGGUAACGGUGGUGGUAUUAGCUGCGAUGAUGGUAGAAGCAUUGCUGGUGUCGAUGGGUUUGAACGACUUUUUGAAUGCUUGGGCACCAACAACAAGGUCAACAAUAGCAGGCUACAAGUGCUUGGCUUGAUGGGUCGUGGCCUAGUAACGGAUCGCAUGUUGGAACGGAUAGCCACUAUCUCCACAUUGAAGAAACUUGGAUUGUGGUACGCUGCUGCUGGUGAUGAAGAUGACCUUUCAGAUGAUGGCAUGAUGCAUUUUGCAACCCACUUGCAAACGACGCGUCUUGAGUAUUUGCAAUUGGCGGAUAUGAGCGCUCUCUCGGAUAAGGUCUUGGGUCAACUGGUGCAAAAGCAACAGCAUUUGAAGCAUGUGGACCUGACGGGAUGCAACUUGGUGACGAACGCAGGGCUCUUGCAGCUGCUUAAUAAUGUGCGGUCCAUCUCGGUAAACAACUGCGCAUUGAUCACUCGUUGCGCAAUUGCAGAAUUCCAAACCCAAUUAGGAAAGCACAUGGUACAGUUUUCUCCAAGUGACUGA